GGGCCCCUGAGCCGUGAGCGUCUCCAGAUUCCUGAAGUCAUGGACUGGCCAGGACAGGGGUGACCCCCUAAUCCAGUAUGGACGACUGGAAGCCUAGUCCUCUCAUCAAGCCCUUUGGGGCUAGGAAGAAGCGGAGCUGGUAUCUUACCUGGAAGUAUAAACUGACAAACCAGCGGGCCCUGCGGAGAUUCUGUCAGACAGGGGCUGUGCUUUUCCUGCUGGUGACUGUCAUUGUCAACAUCAAGUUGAUCCUUGAUACUCGUCGAGCAAUCAGCGAAGCCAAUGAAGAUCCGGAGUCAGAGCAAGACUAUGAUGAGGCCCUAGGCCGCUUGGAGUCCCCGAAGCACAGAGGCAGCAGUCCUCGGCGGGUCCUGGAUGUGGAGGUGUACUCUAGCCGCAGCAAAGUGUAUGUGGCAGUGGAUGGCACCACGGUGCUAGAGGAUGAUGCCCGAGAGCAGGGCCGGGGCAUCCAUGUCAUCGUCCUCAACCAGGCUACGGGCCAUGUGAUGGCAAAGCGUGUAUUUGACACAUACUCUCCUCAUGAGGAUGAGGCCAUGGUGCUGUUCCUGAACAUGGUGGCACCAGGCCGUGUGCUGAUCUGUACUGUCAAGGAUGAGGGCUCCUUCCACCUCAAAGACACAGCCAAGGCUCUGCUGAGGAGCCUAGGCAGCCAGGCAGGCCCUGCCCUUGGCUGGAGGGAUACCUGGGCCUUCGUGGGACGAAAAGGAGGUCCUGUACUUGGUGAGAAACAUUCUAAGUCUCCUGCCCUCUCGUCCUGGGGUGACCCAGUCCUGCUGAAGACAGAUGUCCCACUGAGCUCUGCUGAAGAGGCUGAGUGCCAUUGGCCAGACACGGAGCUGAACCGCCGCCGCCGGCGCUUCUGCAGCAAAGUUGAGGGCUAUGGGAGUGUGUGCAGCUGUAAGGACCCAACACCCAUCGAGUUCAGCCCUGACCCACUCCCAGACAAUAAGGUUCUCGGUGUGCCUGUGACUGUCAUUGCAGGGAACCGGCCCAAUUACCUGUACAGGAUGCUACGUUCUCUGCUCUCAGCCCAAGGGGUAUCUCCGCAGAUGAUAACAGUUUUCAUUGAUGGCUACUAUGAGGAGCCGAUGGAUGUGGUGGCGCUGUUUGGUCUGAGGGGCAUCCAGCAUACUCCCAUCAGCAUCAAGAAUGCCCGAGUGUCUCAGCACUACAAGGCCAGCCUCACUGCCACUUUCAACUUGUUUCCGGAGGCCAAGUUUGCCGUGGUUCUGGAAGAGGACCUGGACAUCGCUGUGGAUUUUUUCAGUUUUUUGAGCCAGUCCAUCCACCUGCUGGAGGAGGAUGACAGCCUGUACUGCAUCUCUGCUUGGAAUGACCAGGGGUAUGAACACACAGCUGAGGAUCCAGCACUUCUGUACCGUGUGGAGACCAUGCCUGGGUUGGGUUGGGUGCUCAGGAAAUCCUUGUACAAGGAGGAGCUUGAGCCCAAGUGGCCCACACCAGAAAAGCUUUGGGACUGGGACAUGUGGAUGCGGAUGCCAGAACAGCGCCGGGGCCGAGAAUGCAUCAUCCCUGAUGUUUCCCGAUCCUACCAUUUUGGAAUUGUGGGCCUCAACAUGAAUGGCUACUUCCAUGAGGCCUACUUCAAGAAGCACAAGUUCAACACGGUUCCGGGUGUCCAGCUCAGGAAUGUGGACAGUCUGAAGAAAGAUGCUUAUGAAGUGGAAAUUCACAGGUUACUUAGUGAAGCCAAGGUUUUGGACCACAGCAAGAACCCUUGCGAAGACUCCUUCCUGCCAGACACGGAGGGCCAUACCUACGUGGCCUUUAUUCGAAUGGAGAAAAAUGAUGACUUUACUACCUGGACUCAGCUUGCCAAGUGCCUCCAUAUUUGGGACCUGGAUGUACGUGGCAACCAUCAGGGUCUGUGGAGAUUAUUUCGGAAGAAAAACCACUUUUUGGUGGUGGGGGUCCCAGCCUCCCCUUACUCAGUGAAGAAGCCACCAUCCGUCACCCCAAUUUUUCUGGAACCACCUCCAAAGGAGGAGGGAGCCCCAGGGGCUGCUGAACAGACAUGAGGCCUCCUCCAGGACCCUGCAGGGCUGGGUACUGUGUACCCCCAAGCAGGCUAGCCCGUCACCCUAUCUUGUAGGAUUUUUUUAGAUGCUGGUAGGGGUUAAGGCUGGUUUGUUUUUAACAUGGGAUUUGAUUACUAACUCCAAGGGGAGGUUCCCCUGCUGCAAUACCCCUGUUCCUGAGUUGAAGGUCUAUUUAUUUACUUCCUUGUUGGGACUUUUUGGGAUCCCUGGGCAGCUGAUCCUGCCUUGUACACCCCGUCCUCCCAGGCCCAGCUCAAAGUCUAACCUAUUUAUUGACUGUCCUGAAGGCCUAGGGAAUAGGCCCAGCUUGGGGGCUUUGAUUCCUUUCUGAGCCAGGAUGCUUCCCUGAUGGUGAGACUGGCUCUUACUCAGGAAACUACUGUGCCCAACUGAUGGACAGGCCCAGUUGGAGCCCAUGUGCUGACACAGACUCACUCAGAGACCCUUAGACACUGGACCAGGCCUCCUCUCAGCCUUUUCUUUGUCCAGAUUUCCGAAGCUGGAUAAGAUGGUCAUUGAUUAAAAAAGAAGAAAACCUCUGGGGA